UUGUUUACUACAAGUUGGGAAAUCACACACACCGUUGCUUUGUUUGACGAUUAUUUGUCCACUUUUUGUACAUGAUAAACGACGAAGAAAUGAAAUCACAUCGGGCAACACAUAAUUCUACCUUAGUUCAUCUUGCUGCUGGCGGGGUUGCAGGUACUGUAGGAGCUGUAGUAACAUGUCCGUUAGAGGUGAUCAAAACACGACUACAGUCAUCAAUUCCCGUGUUCAAACAUGUGUCAUGUCUUCCUGGCCAUGCAACAUUAUCCAUUGCUAUAGAAAAAGUUCCAAUGGGCGUGAUUGCAUGUACAAAACAUAUUGUAAAGACAGAAGGAGCAAAGUCACUUUUUCGUGGAUUGUGUCCCAAUCUUGUUGGUGUUGCACCCUCAAGGGCAAUCUACUUUACUGCUUAUGCAAAAACGAAAAGUCUGCUAAAUAAAUCUGGUCUGUUACGUCAGGACAGUUCAUCUGUUCAUAUGCUUUCUGGUCUCUCAGCAGGUGUUGCUUCAAGUACAGCAACAUCACCAAUAUGGGUAAUAAAAACAAGACUUCAGCUAGAUAGCAGUGUUGUGCAUAAAAUUGGUGUCCCUGAUUCCAUAAAGGAGAUUUACAUGAAAGAUGGUUUACGAGGGUUUUACAGAGGGUUGUCUGCUUCCUAUUUUGGUGUAACAGAGACUGUUAUUCAUCUGGUUAUAUAUGAGAAGAUUAAAGCUAAAAUCAAUCAUUAUCGUAGAUCUGGCAAAGGUGGUUUUUAUGAUAAACCUAGAUUUGAAACAUUCUUUGAAUACAUGCUUGCAGCAGGAGUGUCAAAAAGCAUUGCCUGUACUUUAACAUACCCACAUGAAGUUGUUAGAACUCGUCUGAGGCAGUUUGAACAUGAUGGUAAAAGAAGAUACUAUUCAUUCAUGCAAACUUUGCUCAAAGUUGGAUUUGAAGAAGGAGCCAGGGGAUUAUAUGGUGGAUUAUCCACUCAAUUGAUUCGGCAGAUUCCAAAUACUGGGAUCAUGUUUUUAACAUAUGAGAUUAUUCUGAGCUUUUUUGAAAGUUGAAUUUUGUUGCUGACAUCCCAUGUUGGUUUGGAUUCAAUGAUUAGUGGCAUCAUAAUUUCAUCAUGGGUAAAUUUGGGUAGUAUGUAUCUGAUGAUCCAAUCUGGUCAGCUGAUGUGUUACUAAAGUUGUGGUCAUUUGGGAUUUUGUGGUCAAAGGGAAGAUUAUAAGUCACAAAGAUAUAAGUUAUUGUCUUUAAAGCAAAGGCAUUAACUAUUAGAGUCUUCAGCAAGAAUUAUUCAAUGUAUUUCUUGUUGAAAUUUUUGAAUGACAGAGGCUGCAUUCAAGUCUUUCAAAAAUGAUUCAAAAGAAAACAUGACUCUUGUUAAAUAUGAGCCUAAGGAUUGUCUUUGUGUACUUUAAAUGUACUUUACAAUGCCUUUUAGCAGGAGAUACAUUUUUAUUAUUUUAUUCUAGAGCUUAUUGACACAUUACAAUAUUAAAUUAUACAUUUAUAUAUUAUGUUACAAGAACUUUUUGAUGUAUGUAAAAUAGGCAAAGUUGUUGAAGAAUGUUGGUGGCCAUGGCAUGGAAAACAAAAA